AUGAGCGUCCUACUGCCCAACAUGGCGGACUUUGAUACCAUUUAUGAGUUAGAAGGAGAAGAUGAGAGAAUUGUGAGUGAAGAGCAUCUCGUCAGACAUUGCCCCGAGCCUGUGGUCAUGCGUGGGGCUGGUCACAUUACCGUGUUUGGACUAAGCAGCAAAUUUGACACAGUGUUCCCCUGUGUUCUCACAGGAAAGGUUGCACCAGAGGAGUUCAAGACGAGUGUCAAUCGUGUUAAUGCGUGUUUAAAGAAGAACUUACCAGUUAAUAUGAAAUGGUUGCUCUGUGGCUGCCUGUGCUGUUGCUGUACUGUGGGCUGCAGUCUGUGGCCUGUCAUAUGCCUAAACAAGAGGGCACGAAGAUCCAUUCAGAAAUUGUUAGAAUGGGAAAACAACAGAUUAUAUCACAAGCUAGGGCUACACUGGAAACUUAGCAGGAGAAAAUGCGAGAGCAACAACAUGAUGGAAUAUGUUAUUCUUAUAGAAUUCUUACCAAAAUAUCCAAUAUUCAGACCUGACUAAAAGGAAUUCUGCUGGAUGGCCCUUCAUUCCUCUCCUUAGUGCCUUGUAAAUAUGUUGGAUUGAGGGUCUUGAAUGGGUUUCAACAAGACCCCUUUUCCCAGUUCCUUGUACAGUAGAAUUCACAACACUGUCACUUUGCUUUAGAGCAGAUUUUGCACAUUUCCUGAUGUAGUAGAAACGCUCCUGUGUUGCACUCAAACAUUUGUUAAAUAUAACAUGAUUGAUGGGAAGAGAGCAGACUAUGAAACUGUUUAAAAGUGCAUUAACCCCAAAGAGCCAUCAGUCCUCCCCACCUACGACAUUAUGGUAUCGUUGAUAAGAACAAGGCACCUUAUGGUGUGAAUUUCCCUUAUGUUAAAGGACAACCUUUUUUGUUUUAAAUAAGAAGUGUAUGUUCUGAAGCCAGAAGUGUUUAAUUUAAUUGAGUUUUGUGACUCCUUAAAACUAGUGCAGCAAAUUAAAUAAAUGGGAUGAACUAGCUUAGAUUUUCUGGCACUUUUGCGAUUGUCUACUACACAGGGAAAUCAACAAACUGACUUGUAAAUAUUCUGGACAAGAUGUACAGUUUGCCAGGUUUACAUUAUGUAAUUUAGCUGAUUAGUUGUUUUUCGCCAAGAUAUUAUUGUAGCAUAGUUUGUUUAUACACUGUCACUGUAAUUUUACAGUUUGUAUGGACCUGUUUACCCAGUAAGCCAUAAAUGUACAUACAAGAUGCCACUUGAGCUAGGGCUGAAAAUUGCACUCAACCACAUGAGGACAACGGAAUUUCAGUUAUUGUCCUAGAGGGUUUUUGAUAUUGUACAACAAUGUCAUUAGUGGUUUAGAAACAAUCUGAUAUUGCCAAUCAAGCAAAAUUUGUUACAAAGAACAAUGUGUCAUCCAUUUAAAACACAGUUUUGUUUAAAAGCAUAAUUUGUACCCUGUAUUUUUAUUCUUCAUGUUUUGGUACAGCUUCAUCUUGGGGUGUCUUUUUAAAGUCUAUUAAUUGAUGCUGUAUACUGUUGUUUUGCUCAUCACAUGUUUUGUAUCUUGUACAUCUUUGCUCCAUAUACUAUUGACAGACUGCAUUAGUUGAGUGCCUCUGUAGAUGGGUCUUGCCAAGGAGCUGUGCUUAAGAGGAAUGAUGCUUUGUUUAGCAAUCUAAUGAAGAGAAAAUAAUCUACUCUCAUUACUGGUUCUGUUGAAGUACCUGUAAAUGUUUGUCCCUUCCUAAUCCAAUGGAAAGCCUAAAUAAAU